AAUAAGGAAACAACGAAUACUAAGAGGGAUAGGAGAACACGUAAAGAUCGAAUAUUACAACAACCGCUGGACGGCCAAUCAUCCACAGCAACAGCAGUUACUGGAACUUGUUGAAUACUUUGGAAAUUCCAUGGUAUGAAGUAUAAAGGAUUACAUAGAGGACAACAAAAUUGUGAACCUCCACACUAAAAGGUUUCACUCCCACUCCGACAAGGGGAGCGUGCAGUGAAAACAUAAAAUGUACACCCGUGAUACAGAAUUGCGUCGACUGCAAUCCAACGAUGUAAACCGGCUUGCGGAGACACUAGGGUUCGAUGGUGGGCGGAAGUUAAUGGAAACUAUACCUAAAAAUUGGACAGCCCAAGAUACAGUCUAUGUGGGCGAUGCCGCAGCGCGAGGCAGUCAUAAAUGGAACGGUGAAAUCAAAGGUUUAGGCGUGGUAGAACUAAAAUAUAAGCCAGAACAAAUACGUUUAAUAGAAGAAGCAACAAGACAAACGAGUGGCUGUUAUUUUGCUGAGAUAUUAAUUCAAGAAUGGAGCACAAGCGGACGUAAACAUGAGCGCCCAACAGUUGGGCUACUGCUACACUUGCUGAUAAAGGCUGACCUGUGGAAUGCAGCAGAUUUUGUAGCGGAACAUUUUCUUAACGAAGCACCGCCCGAUCGCCCGUUAGAAGGGCCUGGAGCUAAGGUAGACAUAUCAAUACCAACAGAAUGUUUGGGGAGUGUGGCGGAUUUCGUGAAUGACUCCGCAGGCUAUCCAGACACAGAAACACUCAAUGACAAUGCUAACUGCGUGAAUAGUGUGACAGAUCACAAUCGAGAUUAUUACACGAAAUUUCCUUUUUUCAAUAAAGACAUGAAUGGUGGGGCUCCAAAACCGCCACCUCGAGCACAACGAAUGGCACGACAACAAAAUUUGCAAACCCAUCAACAAAAGUUGCACUUACAAAAUCAGCAACAAGUUCUACGAGCAGAAACUAACAACGUUGUUGCUACAGCAGAUACUAAUGAUGGCAAUUUAAAGAAUCAUAGCUGUGAAAACCUACAAAUAUCAAAGGCGCAACAUGAUUGCAAUUCUGCUGCCGUUAGCAGUGCCAUAACGACACACAAUAUACCGGAAUUAAGUGAAUUACUGGAAGUUAAUAGUAGCCAUCACUCAACAAUUAAGUCAGAGGAACCACAUAACGUCCCUAUGCUUACACUUCUAGAUCCCAGUACUGAAAAUUUAUCCGGUGUUCCGGCUCUAAGUACACCAGUCGUUGCUUCAACAUCAAAUGUUGCGCCGAUGUCAUCGUUGGCAUGCGCUUCAGGUGGAAGUUUACCACUGAUAACUGAACUCAAUUUAGAUACUAAUAGCGGUGAACCUUUGAAUAUUGAUAAAGGAAACAGUUGUACUUCAAAUCAGGUACCACGGCAAAAUACAUCACAAUUGCCAAACCCUUUAAGUGAUGAAAGCCAAUGUAGUAGUUUAAGCAAUGAUAGUUUCGACGAUGAUGGCGAAAAUUGCUUUAACGGUGUAAAUAUGUUAGAUGGUGGCAACGUUGAUGCUGAAUUGACAGAUGGGAACUCAGGUGAUCAAAGCCUGCCAUGUUUAAGUGUUUUUGGUCACCAGAGCCCAAGCAAUGACUCCAGUUUGACGACUGUAACAUGUACAAGUGGCGAUAAUAGUUUUGAACUGAGUUUGAAUGAUUCGAGUUCUACUUCUACAACCGACCCCACUGCGCAAAGAAAGUAAAGUGGUAUUCAUGAUUGUGACACUCAUGUUAAUAAAGAAAUUAAAAUAACGCUUGAAAUGCGACUGUGCUAGUCAAUAUUAUGACAUUGCAUUCCAAAAUAUUUGUGAAGCGUUACAUGCGUUGGUAUCUAUUGGCAGAAAUGUUUGCAUUAACGCAUUGCAUUAA